UCAAAUUCAAAAACCUUCUUGUUCAAUCAUGGUGGUUCAAUCACAGCUUGUGUUCGACCAUUUUGCUCCGAUCAAAUCCUGCAAACACACCGCCCUGUUCACCGGAAUUCCGGUGAUCGACCUUUCCGACCCAGAAGCCAAAACCCAUAUCGUCAAAGCCUGUGAAGAUUUCGGAUUCUUUAAGGUUGUCAACCAUGGCGUCUCCAACGAACUCAUCGGAGCUCUCGAAGCCCAAGCUUUGAAAUUCUUCCACCUCCCUCAAUCUGAGAAGGAAAAAGCAGGGCCAGCCGACCCAUUUGGAUAUGGCAGCAAGAGAAUUGGUCCAAACGGCGAUGUGGGUUGGAUCGAAUAUCUCCUCCUUAACACGAAUCAUGAACUCAUUUCCGAAAAAUCCCUCUUCAUUCUCCGUGAAAAUCCAGAGAUUUUCAGGUGUGCGGUGGAGGAGUAUAUUUUGGCAGUGAAAAAGAUGGCUUGUGAAGUGCUGGAAGCAAUGGCGGAAGGGCUGGGGAUAGAGAAACAUGAUUUGAGCAGGCUGUUGAAGGACGAGAGAAGUGAUUGUUGUUUCAGGCUGAACCAUUAUCCGCCAUGCCCGGAGCUUGAAGCUUUGAGUGGCAGGAAUUUGAUUGGGUUUGGGGAACAUACAGACCCACAAAUAAUAUCUGUUCUGAGAUCCAAUAACACGACCGGACUCCAUAUUUGUUUGAGAGAUGGAAGCUGGGUUCCAGUCCCACCUGAUCAGAGAUCCUUUUUCAUCAAUGUUGGCGACUCAUUGCAGGUGAUGACUAAUGGGAGGUUCAACAGUGUGAAGCACAAGGUUUUAGCUGACCCAACAAAACCAAGGUUUUCAAUGAUAUACUUUGGUGGGCCACCAUUGAAUGAAAAGAUUGCACCUUUAGCAUCACUAUUGGUGGAGGGAGAGCAAAGGUUAUACAAAGAGUUCACAUGGUGGGAUUACAAAAACUCAGCAUAUAAAUCAAGGCUUGCUGCUUGUAGAUUACGCCCUUUUGAGCUCAAAAAUCUCACCCCUUUGUUGACUUGAAAAAACCCAACAAAACAAUACAAUAAGGGAUUUGGGAAGGCUUAGGAAACAAAUAGAAUAGGGUUUGUUUUUGUUAAAUAUUUUCCCCAAAAUACCCCUCACUUUGUUAAUAUACUUCUCUAAUAACUUCCUCGAGCCCUCUUUGUAUCAAA